AUGGAUACAAGUCCAACAGUCUAUUCCUCGAGUUUACCUCCAUCACCAAACCUCAUUGUGGAAGACUCGCAUGACGUUAUAACAGACAUUCAAGAUCUGGAUUUUGACUACUACCAAGAUGACACGACUCUAUUGGACGAAGGCAACAGUCGUAACAACGACAUUUUUUAUGAUGAUGAUCUUGAUCACCCUCGCUCUCUGUCUCCACCAUCUCACCCACAAUCCACCAGUCCUGAGUUCAUCGAAAAUGUUGAUAAUGCACCGAUGAAUCCCAGUGCUGACAACCCAGUCCCUCCCACGAUGAACCAUGCUGGCUCUGGUGCUGAUGACGAGGAUCUGCUUCAAGAGCUCAUUCCUGCUUUUCAACAGACACCUCCUGUUCGACUACUUUACCUGCAGGCAGCGAUUGCUCACAUUAUCGGAUCUUCGACAGUCACCAAGGCCACCAAUCAGAUUCAAGAUGGCCUGGAUCUUAUUGAGCUUUGUGGUGCAUUACUGACAUUCCCCAUUCCUCGAUGCUCGAUCAUCACCGUGAAGAAACACUUAGGACUCCAAACAGAUGACUAUGUUUUGAGGAUCCCUAUAUGCGAUGUAUGCUACAAAUGCUACUCUCUCGAUGACAUUCAGAAACUUGACACCCCUAUAUGCAUGGUCUCUUGUUGCAAAGGGAAUGUGUAUCAUGCCAAACAUGAACAUACAGACCCUGCAACAGGCGAAGAUCAGUUCAAGCGUAUCCCUGUAAAGGUCCUCAUUUAUUGCCCCAUAAUCAAAGCAGUACAGCGCUUCCUUCUGAGGUCAACAUUUGUCACCAAUCUACGAGACACCUCUCAAGAUAUCAAUUGCACAGAGCUCUCAGAUGAUGACUUGAUGCAUGAUAUACAUGACGGCACUGAGUGGAUGAAGCUCGAAGUUGGUCUCAAGCGGGUAUGUUUACCUGAUGGCAGCAUCACAGAUAUCAAGGAGUCCCCAGGCUCAUGGCAUCCGCUUGUUUGCUGUGACGUUGGACUCAGUAUGACACUCAACAUUGACUGGUUUGGAAUCACUGAGGGUAGACCUCAUUCCUUGGGUGCAGUGUAUAUUUCCUUCAAUAACUUACACCAAUCAGUAAGAUACCUCAUGCACAAUGUCCACCUGGCGCUUGUCAUCCCAGGACCCAAGGAACCAAGUCUCAAGAACCUCAAUUACUGUCUUGAGCCCCUUAUGGAUGAUAUCCAUUGUCUAUACAAAGGUACCUUCAUUUCUCCACCUGACAUGAUUCUCUAA